AGUCGUUGCUGUUACGCCAUUGUGCGCGGUUCGCUCGUUCAUUCCAAAGGUGGAUGAAUAUUUUUCGCUGAUUUGCGUGUUAGUUAGUCCAUCUGAACACGUCUGGUACGAGCAACGUUUGCCGUAGAUGUGUGUUUUGUUCGUGGUGUUAAUUAAUUUAAUUAAUCAUACAUAAUUCGUGUAUUAAAUUUUCGUUCAAAUUACUCGUUCAAUCAUUUUCGAAAGUGCGUUUUGCAAUCACUCUGUGCUUGGUUGUUCCUAAACGGUUAAGAAGUUGUGGAAAACUAUUGAUUUUGAAAGCAUAAAAAAAUCGCAAUGAAUUGGCUUGUCACGGUUGCACCGGCAGUAGCCGUCACGCUGAUCGCUGUGUUGGUGACGAAAGUCGGCUGGCGUUGGUUUUACAUUGCAGCUGUAACAUCGAAGCGUGAUGUGACGUGAGUUGCCCCACUACACUGCCCACUUUUUUUCAUACAUAUAGUACACACAUAUUUAAUACACACUUUUUGUGUUUGAUGGAGUACAAAACAAGUUGCGCGUAGCGUCUAAAAGUCAUAAAGUAUAUGUAAAAAUAAAAUAUAUAAAUCCAUAACGGGUUUAUAUUUUAGCGGAGGCAAUGCCAAAAAGCUUACACUUUUUUGUUUUUACUUUUUUUAACAUACAAAUAUAUUCCUCGAAAGAAAAGUUGGAGGCCCUAUAAAAUAUAUACAUAAACGAUCAGCAUGACGAGUUGAGUCGAUUUAGCCAUGCCCGUCUGUACGUCUGUAUAUACUCGAACGUGUCCCUAAGUUUUUGAGAUAUGGAUCUGAAAUUUCGCACACGUCGUUUUAUCCCCAAGAAGGUCUUACAUUUGUCGGAAGCGCCGAUAUCCAGCUUCUAUAGCAUAUAUCUUCACGAAAUCAGGCAUGGAGUAUUAUCCAAGGGCACUCUGGGCCUACCUCAAGCUUCUGCGUCUAACCAAAAAAUAUGAACGUGAAAAUUUCACCAUCGCCGACAUAUUUCAAAUGCAAGUCAAGCAGAAUCCGAAUAAAUAUGCAAUAAUCAGCGAUACACAACAAUGGACCUUUCGUCAAUUGGAUGAAUUCUCAAAUCGUGUUGCGAAUCUCUUUCACGCACAAGGCUUUCGUAAGGGUGAGGUGGUCGGUUUGCUAUUAGAGAAUCGCGCUGAAUUUGUCGGCAUUUGGUUGGGCCUGUCGAAAAUUGGCGUUAUCACACCAUUGAUCAACACCAAUCAGCGUGGCCCAUCACUUUUACACAGCAUUACUGUGGCGCAUUGUAAGUCCUUGAUUUUCGGUGAAGGUUUCAAAGAUGCCAUAGAGGAUGUUCGCAACGACAUACCCACUGAUGUGACGCUGUAUCAAUUCAAUAAUGAAGCAAAUGUGGAGGUAAUGGAAACAGCACGUGAUAUGACUACAUUGCUGGAAACAGUGGAGAAGCGUAAAGUAGCGACGACAGCGGACCGCGCCAAUCAUCAUGAUCGUCUUGUCUAUAUCUAUACUUCGGGUACGACUGGAUUGCCUAAGGCGGCGGUGAUCUCACAUGCACGCUAUCUCUUCAUCGCUGCUGGCAUUAACUAUACCAUGGGUUUCCGUCAGGACGAUAUCUUCUAUACACCACUACCACUCUAUCAUACCGCCGGCGGCAUUAUGAGCAUGGGUCAAUCGGUACUGUUUGGUUCCACGGUGGCGAUACGCAAGAAGUUCUCCGCCUCCGGUUACUUUGCUGAUUGCGUCAAAUUUCAGGCAACCGUCGGCCAAUAUAUCGGCGAGAUGGCACGCUAUAUACUUGCUACCCCAGAAUCACCCAACGAUCGCGCCCAUAAAGUGCGUCUCAUUUUCGGCAAUGGUUUGCGUCCGCAAAUCUGGCCACAAUUCGUCGAACGUUUUAAUAUACCUAAAGUGGGUGAAUUCUAUGGCGCUACGGAGGGCAAUGCCAACAUUAUGAAUAAUGACAGCACAGUCGGUGCGAUCGGUUUCGUCUCACGUAUACUGCCGAAAGUUUAUCCCAUCUCAAUACUGCGAGCCAAUCCUGAUACCGGUGAACCAAUACGCGGUCCUGACGGUCUCUGUCAACUUUGUGAACCUAACGAACCUGGCGUGUUUAUUGGUAAAAUCGUUAAAGGUAAUUCAGCACGUGAAUUUCUCGGUUAUGUGGAUGAGAAAGCUUCGGCGAAGAAAAUUGUACACGAUGUAUUUCACAAAGGAGAUAUGGCCUUCCUAUCCGGUGAUCUUUUGGUUGCCGAUGAGCGCGGCUACUUGUUCUUUAAAGAUCGUACCGGCGAUACGUUCCGUUGGAAGGGUGAGAAUGUGUCGACUAGCGAGGUGGAGGCGCAGGUUAGCAAUGUGGCAGGCUAUAAGGAUACAGUCGUUUACGGUGUGACCAUACCAUAUGCGGAGGGACGCGCUGGCAUGGCUGCUAUUUAUGAUCCUAACAAUGAGGUGAAUUUAGAAGUGUUCGCGGAGAAAUUGGCGAAAGUUUUGCCUACUUAUGCGCGUCCACAAUUUCUGCGUUUCCUCACCAAAAUCGAUAUGACCGGUACAUUUAAGUUGCGUAAAGUGGACUUGCAAAAGGAGGGUUUCGAUCCAUCCAACAUAAAGGAUACCAUUUACUUUCAGACGCCGAAGGGACGCUAUGAACUGCUCACACCAGAAAUUUAUGAAAAGAUCAACCGCCACGAAGUUCGUUUUUAAGCGCAUGUAAGCACUGUUAAAACGCGUCGUCUCUUUUAUGAGGUUAUGUUUGCCUGUUUUCUAGAGUUUAAGCAUUUUCUAUUAAAAUAAAAAAAUAAUAAAAGCGUUGUUACGUUAGUUUUUUUAGUGCACACUUUGUUCAUACAAAGUUUGCCAACUAAAAAUCAAAUAUUUUUUUUUAUUACUUCAUACAUUCAUAUGUAAACAUUGUUAUCUUGCUGUUAGAAUUAGUUGUUAGAAUAAUAACGUUAUGUAGUAUAACAUUUGUAAAUAUACUCGUUAAAUGUUUACACUAGUUU